UUUGCAACGUGUUCAUCAUUUCCUUGAGGCGAGAUGGAAGAAGAUGAUGAGACAACCGAACAAGUGGACGCCAUUUUUAUGGAGUCUCCAACCUCUACAUUUCUACGCACUGCUAUGCCUUCCUCUUUUAUAUCUAUAUAUAUAAAAGCAUCAUCGUAAUCAUAAACCAGAAGACAAAUCUUUACAAGUUGUUUCCGUUUACGGAACAUUUUUUAUCUUUUCAAACAACAAAAUCUAUAACCCUUCUAUACCUAUCCAACCCCUACGCAGAUUGGCAAAUACUCAAACACCCAUUUCAAUCAAUCCCACCGUGGUUCUUCGCAUUUAAAUCCUUGUAUUUGUAUGACAAAGAGAAUCGUUCUCGGAGACCCGGCAAAAGCCCACAUUUUCUUGUGGAUAUUGGGAAGAAAUUUCCGGACACGUAUAUGCAUGAAUAUUUCUGCGUACGUAUUGCAUUGUUAAUAUUCCUAUUUCAUGAUGUGGAAUUGGGCUUGAGAAAGAGAUGUGGGUUGUUUCCGAGCACUUUUAGGGGAUUCCUGUGGGUGAUCUUGCUGGAUCUUAGUCGGCAAAAUGUCGCUUCUUCGCAAGUUUUUCUAUAAGAAGCCACCUGAGGGGCUUCUGGAAAUAUCUGAGAGGGUAUUUGUCUUCGAUUGCUGCUUUUCACCUAAUGUUCUUCAAGAAGAUGAGUACAAAACCUACAUGGGCGGUGUUGUGAAUAAGCUGUGUGAUCAUUUCCAGGAUGCCACAUUCAUGGUCUUUAAUUUUAAGGAGGGUGAUAACCAAAGCCCAUUGGAGAACGUACUUAAUGAUUAUGAAAUGACUGUGGUCAACUAUCCUCGACAGUAUGAAAACUGCCCUGUACUCACGAUGGAGAUGAUUCAUCAUUUUGUAAAGUCAACUGAAAGCUGGCUUUCAAUUGGUAUGACCAAUUUGCUUUUAAUGCAUUGUGAGCAUGGUGGAUGGCCAGUGCUGUCCUUCAUGCUAGCUGCAUUCUUGAUAUACAGGAAGCAGUUCAAUGGAGAGCAGAAAACCUUAGACAUGAUUUACAAGCAAGCACCUCGUGAGCUUCUUCACUUAAUGUCACCCCUAAAUCCAUUGCCUUCGCAAUUGAGGUAUCUACAGUAUGUUUCAAGACGGAAGAUGGAACCUCAGUGGCCACCAGCUGAUAAGGCACUUACUCUAGAUUGUGUUAUGCUAAGAGGUAUUCCUAAUAUUGAUGGUAAAGGAGGAUGCCGUCCAAUAUUCAGAAUAUAUGGGCAAGAUCCCUUAAAGCCUGGAAAUAGGACAUCUAAAAAGCUCUUCUCUACAGGCAAAAACAGCAAAUCUGUGAGGUACCUUAAGCAGUCUGCCUGUGAUCUUGUUAAAAUCGAUAUUCAUUGUGACAUAUUGGGCGAUGUUGUGCUUGAGUGUAUCACUCUGGAUGAUGAUCUUGAACGGGAAAAAAUGAUGUUUCGUGUCAUGUUCAACACUUCGUUUAUUAGAUCAAAUGCUUUGAUGGUUAAUCGAGAUGAAAUUGACAUCCUCUGGAAUGUCAAGGAUCAAUUCCCCAAGGACUUCAGAGCAGAGAUUGUGUUCUCGGAGGUGGAUUCGCGUUCUUCCAACAUUAAAGCACCUUCAUUGCAUAGUGCUGAAGAGAAAGGUCUCCCUGUUGAAGCAUUUGAUAAAUGUAAGGAAUUGUUUAGUGAUGUGAAUUGGCCAGAUUCAAGCAUAGAUGAGAAUCAAAAUUCACUCCAAACCAGAGCCGCUAAUACUCUACAAGAAAAGUCGGAAACUUCAUCUUCCCUAGCUGCAGGAAAGGAGAAGCCUCUGAAAAGCUCUCAUCAAAUGGAUGCCAGACAAAUGGGGACUGAGAACAACACCACUGAAAAGGUUAAAGGCAAUGAUAGCAGAGAAGUAGAGCAAACCACGUCGUCUUCAAACUUAACAUCUCAAGGUCCACUUCAUUCAUCACCACCUCUACCAGCAACCGCAAAUGUUCCACCUUCCACACCUGUAUCCUCUGCUCAUUCUCUCCAUCCAUCUGCCUCAAUUGUUCGAUCUCAUGCCAUUAGAAAUCCAGCUCCCCAAAAUGCAGGCUUUCGAUCUACUUCCUGCUCAAAUUCAGAUUCAAUUCCUAAUGUUGCUUCUCCAAGCCCCCCACUUCCUCCCAAUCAGGAGGUGCAAUCAAUUCCCAUUGCGUCUUCUCAACCACCUCCUCCAUGCUUAGAAUCAAACUCAAUUCCACUGGCAUCUCCAAGUGUAAAAUCGACGUCAAUCCCUCCAUCACCUCCAAGAGUAGAAUCAACUCCAACCCCACCGCCACCACCGCCAAAUGCCAGCCCUCCGCUGCCACCUGCUCCAAACUUGGGGUCAGCGUCGGCCCCUCAUCCACCACCUCCAUCUACGUCUUCAGCAUCACCAUCUGCUCCACCCUUGGGUUGCUUAUCAAGGUCCAAUGCUGUCUCUAUACAAUCUAAUUCUGGUGCUAAAGCAAGUGCCCCUCCUCCUCCUGGUGCUAUAGGAAGUAUCCCUCCUCCUCCUGGUGCUAUAGGAAGUAUCCCUCCUCCUCCUGGUGCUAUAGGAAGUAUCCCUCCUCCUCCUGGUGCUAAAGGAAAUAUCCCUCCUCCUCCUGGUGCUAAAGGAGGUCCCCCUCCUCCUCCUGGUGCUACAGGAGGUCCCCCUCCUCCUCCUGGUGCUACAGGAGGUCCCCCUCCUCCUCCUGGUGGUAAAGGAGGUCCCCCUCCUCCUCCUGGUGGUAAAGGAGGUCCCCCUCCUCCUCCUGGUGCUAAUUCUGCUGCUCAAGGAGGUAACCCUCCUCCUCCUCCUGGUGCCAAGGGAAAAUUGCCAUCCCGAACAAGUGCCAGCAAAACGACUCAAACCAAAAGGACACCCUUGAAACCAUACCACUGGUUGAAAUUAACAAGGGUUAUGCAAGGAAGCCUAUGGGCUGAAACACAGAAACCUGAGGAAGCUGCCCAGGCUCCUGAAUUCGACAUGUCUGAACUUGAGACUCUCUUCUCAGCAACUGUUCCAGAUUCAGGUCGCAGAAAUGGAGGUGGAAAAUCAGGUAAUGCUGCAGGAGCUAAGGCUGAUAAAGUGCAUUUGAUUGACCUCAGAAGGGCAUAUAAUUGUGAGAUUAUGCUUACAAAAGUUAAGAUUCCUUUGCCGGAUUUAAUGUGUUCAGUUCUAGCUCUGGAUGAUCAAGCAUUGGACAUUGAUCAGAUUGAGAAUCUUAUAAAAUUUUGUCCUACAAAGGAAGAAAUGGAACUUCUAAAGAAUUACAAGGGAGAGAAGGAAAACCUUGGAAAAUGCGAACAGUUUUUCCUAGAGCUGAUGAAAGUUCCCCGAGUAGAAUCCAAGCUAAGAGUCUUCUCAUUUAAAAUACAAUUCUGCUGCCAGGUUUCUGAAUUAAGACAUAGUUUGAGUAUUGUGAACUCUGCAUCGGAAGAGGUCAGAACUUCUAUCAAGUUGAGAAGAAUCAUGCAAACCAUUCUUUCACUGGGUAAUGCUUUGAAUCAGGGAACUGCAAGGGGUUCUGCUGUUGGAUUCAGGUUGGAUAGUCUUCUGAAACUUACUGACACGCGCUCCCGUAACAACAAGAUGAAUCUUAUGCACUAUCUUUGUAAGGUUCUUGGUGAAAGGCUCCCAGAACUAUUGACUUUUUACCAAGACCUUUCAAAUUUAGAGGCUGCAACAAAGAUACAAUUAAAGUGUUUGGCUGAGGAAAUGCAAGCAAUCAGCAAGGGGCUGGAGAAAGUUGUACAGGAAUUGGCUGCCUCAGAAAAUGAUGGUCCCGUGUCAGAUUUUUUCUGCAAGAGCUUAAAGAUGUUUCUGAAGUAUGCUGAAAAGGAUGUGAAAGCCGUGUCGUCUUUAUACGCCGAAGUGGGAAGAAACUGUGAUGCUUUGCCUGUCUAUUUUGGGGAAGAUCCUGCCCGUUGCCCAUUUGAACAGGCUGUGGCAACUUUGCUCAAUUUUACGAGGAUGUUUAGAAAAGCUCACGAGGAGAACGUCAAGCAAGCAGAAUUUGAAAGGAAGAAAGCGCUAAAGGAAGCAGAACUUGAGAAAGCAGCACAACAAAAUGCUGCUGCUGCUGCUGCCGCCGCUGGAGUGAGUUAGGAAAACGAGAAGAUACAAGUGCUUCAGAUGAUGAUCCAGAUCGAAUAGUUGACACGCUUGUAGGAAGGCAUUGGGCCGAGGCUUCCACAUGCUAGUCUUCCCGUAAAAAAACCUAGUUCUUACCGAGAUUCAGGAUUUCUUUGGCGAAAGAAAUAUUCUUCCACGUGGCAGUAACUGAGAAUGAUGGAAUAUAAAGACGACACCAUAUCUUGAUUCAAAACUUGCCAAACCCAUGCCUAGUUUGCUGCAUCUAUGGAGGGAGGGAUGGACCGCCGUUUUAGUUGGUCAUUUGAUUGGAGGAGGAAGCAUUAGGGUUCAUUGUAAAUAUUCAUCCACAAUGUUAGAUUAAAUAGCUCCUUAUAAGCAUCACCAUAAUGCCUGGUAGGUUUGUAUAUAAUACCCAAGUAUUACUUGUGUAAAUACUAAGUAGUGUAAAAAGCAUGCAAAUGUUAGUCCACAUGUGAAGAAGAAUUGCACCCGUGGCAAUAGGAGUGUAGCAGGCAGCAAAUAGUUAUUGGGUACAUCAUGGUUCACCUAUUCAGGUUUGCCAUGUUCAAAUCAAAUAUUCAGAUGAUAGAUUAUAAAAGUAUGCAAUAUAAUAAUGUCAAAGUUUCACUUUGAACAUUAUUGUAUUAUAUUAUCAUCUGAAAAACAGUACAGUAUAUUAUUACACAAACAUUGGCAUAGCUCAAAUUUUGGCCAUGUAAUGUAAUAUGUAUGAAGCCUAAAUUUAUUGAUAAUAAUACCCUAUAUUAGUUUUAGUUA